AUGGCACCCCACGCUGACGAUCAUGUCCAGGUGGAAUAUCAGUCUGAAUCCUGGGUCACACUGAAGACAGCUACGAAGGAAGCCGGAUCCCUUGUCCCACACAAUAUCUCAUCCCAAUCUCAGGAACACGGACAGAGCCUUGCUGAUCGAUAUGAGCCUGGUCGAACCCCUGUCGAAAGCCACGAGAAUUAUGAAUUCGACGAUUUGACCCAGCAAUUCCCGGACGUGUAUUGGGACGAAUUGAAAGACAUUCCAUAUCGGGACAAGGGCCUACUGGGCGACCCUCGAUUUCGAAACCUUCUUGACGCAGCAGAUGACGUGUUCGAUUACGUCCCUAAGGUAGGGACCGAGCUCGUUGGUGUAAAGCUGACCCGACUCAACGACGCUCAAAAAUGCGACUUGGCGAGGCUCAUCGCAACACGUGGCGUGGUAUUCUUCCGCAACCAAGAUGAUUUCGAUAUCGACGCGCAAAGAGAGCUGGGAAAGUUUUUUGGCUCGCUGCAUAGGCACGCCACGACUGCGAUGCCUAAGAGGGAAGGCCUCGAAGAUGUCCACGUCGUCUGGACAACCGAUCAGUCAGUGGACCAAAGAGCCUUGUUCACGCCCUCAUUCCUCUGGCACUCAGAUGUCACUUACGAGGUGCAACCUCCGUCAUACACCUCCCUGAAAGUUCUCACCGGUCCUCCGCGUGGUGGUGGAGGCGACACUCUAUGGUGCUCUCAAUAUGCGAUCUACGAUGUCUUGUCAGCUCCAAUGCAGAAAUAUCUUGAAAGUCUCACUGCCUUACACUCAGCAGACAUGCAAGCUGAAGGAUCACGAGCUGCGGGACGCGCUGUUCGGCGUGAUCCAAUUACAACAGAGCAUCCCCUCGUUCGAGUUAAUCCUGUUACCGGAUGGAAAUCGCUUUUCUUCAACCCAGGCUUUGUGACUCAAAUUGUCGGAGUGCCCAAAGCUGAAAGCGACGCCAUCAUUCGUUAUCUCACCGAAAUCAUAGUGACUACUCAAGAGGCACACUGCCGUUUUCAAUGGGGGAAGAAUGAUGUGGCCAUUUGGGACAAUAGGUCAAUGAACCAUACGGCAUCUUACGGAUUCAUUCCUCACAGACGACAUGGAACGCGUGUUGCCGUGGUUGCUGAGAAACCAUACUUUGGCCCAAAUGGAAAGUCUCAAGAGGAGGAAUUUAACAAGAAAUGGGGCUUGCCACAAACCAACAAGGACGGGUCAAGGAGGUCAAACUACAACGAUUGA